AUCCUUGUCCUCAUCUUCUACCAUCAUCGGGGGGUCCACCGCUCCUGCGUGACCCGUCUUACUUGCGCCGUCUGUAAUGAUCAGACCAUGCGCAAUGUUCGCCCCUCCGAAAGAUCAAGGCAGUAUUUCGUAUGAGGCACAGCAGGUGGUCAAACAAUGAGGACACCAUGCGCAAGCGCAACGCAUAGGACAGGAGUCGAGGUGCAGAUCACUCCACCCGCGCGUUCUAAAGAUCCAAGAAAGAAUUCAAAGAUAAAGAUCAACUCGCGCGGGGAACGGAAAUCUAAAGAGAUCAAUGUCUGUUGCAUCAUGCUUCUAAAUCUAAAUCUAACUCCAGCUGAAUCUAAAGAUCCGAUCUGGUGGUGGGAAAAUGUUGUUGACAACAGAAAGAAGCUGAGCUCUCUUGAACAUGGCCGAUCAAAAUAUAGCUUUGCUUUGCCUGAUCUGCUCCGAAGCGGGGCUACACUAGUUCCUCAAAUAUAG